AUGGACCAGCGCCGGAGGCCGGUCGGCCACCGCGGCCAAUCAGCGCGUGCGCCACCACCACCCCGCGGACCCCCAGAUAUUCUUAAGGAGGAUGGACUCAGACAAGUUCUGGAGGAGAUGAAAGCUUUGUAUGAACAAAAUCAGUCUGAUGUGAAUGAAGCAAAGUCAGCUGGACGAGGUGAUUUGAUACCAACAAUCAAAUUUCGACAUUGUUCUUUGUUAAGAAAUCGACGCUGCACUGUAGCAUACCUGUAUGACCGGUUACUUCGGAUUAGAGCACUCAGGUGGGAAUAUGGCAGUGUCUUGCCAAAUGCUUUGAGAUUCCACAUGUCUGCUGAAGAAAUGGAGUGGUUCAACCAUUAUAAAAAAUCUCUUGCUACUUACAUGAGGUCACUGGGAGGAGAUGAAGGUUUGGACAUCACACAGGAUAUGAAACCUCCCAAAAGCCUAUAUAUUGAAGUACGAUGUUUAAAAGACUAUGGAGAAUUUGAAGUUGAUGAUGGCACUUCAGUUCUGCUCAAAAAAAAUAGUCAGCACUUUUUGCCUCGGUGGAAAUGUGAGCAGUUAAUCAGACAAGGGGUUCUAGAGCAUGUGCUGUCCUGACUGUGUCCCGUGAUGACAACAGCAGAGCUCUUCAAACUUUGCCAGGCAGUUUGUUUGUCAGAAAAGCAGAUGGAGAUGCGUUUGUCAAGUCUUCUUCGUCCUCAUCACCACUCUCCUCUGGGAUGACAUCCUCGGUAUUGCCUGCAUUUGGAUGCCAGGCACAUGGGGCAGCAUUCUCAAGUUCUCAAAGGGCCUCUGCUUGAUUUUCUAGUGUUGGUCAUAUUGGAAGGGAUGAUGUGAAGCUUCAAGUCCAGUCCAAAGUAUUCAAAAUAGUCAUUGUAUGGUGGCUCAUUAGAGAUCUCUGUGUUCAAGGCCACAGCUGUUUCAUAAUUUCAGCACCGAGCAACAUAAUGGAUGGAUCCACCUCCUCCCAGCAUUAGCAUAGGCAAGUUGAAACUGUUGAAAGACUCUGAACACUUGGCAUGCCCUUUGAUGGUCAGAUUGAAGCAACCUAACCGGCCUCCAGAUAGGGAAUCGGAGCCACACUGUAAGACCACAGCACUAGGUUGAAACAUCUCCAUUACUUUGGACAUGACUGGCUUGAAAAUGGCUUCAUAGGACCCAUCUUCAAUCCCAUCUCAGAGAGGGUAGUUAACAGCAUAGUACUUGCCUUUGCCAACCCCAAUAUCCCAUAAGUCCCCAGUUCCUGGGAAGUACUCUCCAUAUUUAUGAAAGGACACAGUCAUGACUCGGUCUGUGGUAUAGAAGGCAUUUUCCACACCAUCACUGUAGUGAGUGUCAAUGUCAACAUACAGCACCCUCUGGUGAUACUUUAGCAGUUCCAGGAUGGCCAAGACGCUAUCAUUGACAUAACAAACCGGAUACUCCAGACUUCUUUGCAUGACACAGACCCUAAGCCCAGUUCACAUGUCUGCCUGCUGUUUAUUAAGUUUCACAGCUCUUGCCACAGAACCACCAGUAGACAGCUGACAAGACUCAAGCCAUCAAAUACUAGACAGUCCUCACCAACACGGAAUCUCUGCAUCUGCUUGCUGUUCUCAAACAUGUUAUCUGGGCAAAUGGAAUGCAAAAAUUUAAUGUGGUCAUCGCUGUGGUACUUGGUCAUCUCAGCAUUGGCUUUGUGAGGACGAAAGAUUUCCAUUUUUCAGUAGAGACCAUAGUGUAGCAGCAAAUUGUGAGUCAUGUGGAUUCAGUGAGGCUUUAUCAGGUGGCCUUGUCCAUUAUAGUAUUUUCCAACAUCACCUCAACGUCCCUGGGCCUGAUGAGCCACUCCCGUUCUUGGAUCCUAAGCACUGAUAUACACCUGCCCAUUCAGUAUGGACUGAGGCCUCUUCUCUGUGUUCUCCAGCACUGGAACAUCCCCUUAGAUAACUGAGCAUGUUGUAAUAAUAACAGAGUUUUUACCCUUGGUGCCCUGAAUCUACACCAUAUUGCUCUCUGCCCAGCCAGCCUUCCUGUCAGUCUCCUUCCAAGUAAUUUUUGAUUAUCAUGAUGAUAGAAUAAAUUUGAUAUUACUUCAGUCUUUGUAAUUUUUUGAAACUUGUAUUAAAGCUCCAAACAAGG